AUGCUGUUACACCCGUCGCUGAAAAACCAAGAUUUGAUUAUCGACCCGGAGCAGCCCCACCUGCGAAUGGAUGAAGCUGCUGUUGCCCGAAAUAUUGCCAGUGUGAAGGAAGCUGUAUUGAAGCGGCUACGAGCGUUAAUGCUUACCAAAUCUAGCGGUAGCACGCACACUUAG